UCCUCAUUUUCAAGUCUUUCUUCUCAUGGGAGACAGAAAACUCUGUCAGGCUUCAGAUCUUGAAGGGCUCCUGGGUGAGCUGUGGGUCUCUGUCCUGCUCUCCGGUGGCUCUUGGAUGGGAACUUGCUCUGGAAGGAGCCAUGAACUUCUGGCUUUGGUCACUUUACUUCCUGCCAGUAUCUGGGGCUCUCAGGACUCUCCGAGAAGUAAAGCUGGAGGCAGAGCUAGGCGGAUCCAUUACCAUCGAGUGCCCGCUUCCUGAAAUCCCCAAGAGAGUAUAUCUGUGCCGGGUGAUGACUACGUCUGGAGUGUGUACCACUGUGGUGUCCAACACGAACUUCAUCAAGGAGGAAUACAGGAGCCGAGUCACCCUCCAGCCAUGCCCAGAUAAGAAUCUGUUCCUGGUGGAGGUGACAGAGCUGACCAAGAGUGACAGUGGAGUCUAUGCCUGUGGGACAGGCAGGAACACAGGCCGGGGCAAGACCCAGCAAGUCACCCUGCAUGUCAACAGUGAGUAUAAUCCAUUCUGGGAAGAGAUGCCGACACCUGAGCCUCCCAGAUGGUUUCAUAGACUUCUGCACCUGGCACUGCCCUCUUGGGCCCACAUGCCUGCAGAUCCCACUUCUGAAUUCAUAUCCAAAGUAACCACACCAGUUCAAAGGACUCAGACCCCUCCAGACCACACCCUCACCCCCAUCACCCACCACCUGCAAGAUUCCAGAGUAUCUUCAGUAACUGCUUCUAAGACCCCAACCCUCCUGCCAUCCACCACAGCCUCAAAGACCUCCGCUCGGAUGGAGCUGCUCGAGUCCCAGACAGCAAGCUACAACUACCGCACCAGGCAACACAGGCAGAGAGCCUUCAACCGUGGCCUGUCUGGGGGGAUGGAAGAUCAAGGAUUUCACAUCCUGAUUCCGGCCAUCCUGGGACUUAUCCUGCUGGUACUUCUGGGGAUGAUGAUAAAAAGGUCCAUUCAAAGGAGAAAAGCCUUUUCCAGGCGGGUCCGCCGACCGGCCGUGAGGAUGCGCGCCCUGGAGGCCUCCCAGCCGCGCCCGGCGCAGCGGCCACGCUCCCAAAACAACAUCUACAGCGCCUGCCCGCGGCGUGUCCGGGGAGCGGAUGCUGCGGGUGAGCAGGAGGCACCUCUCCCAGAUCCCAGAGCAACUGAGCCCCAGGCGGGGCCGCAGGUGUCUGAAGCUCUCUGGCUCCCUGGCUCCGGGGGCACUGUGAAGACCAGCUGCGAAUCCCUGAGCUUCCACCACCAGCCUCCUGCCAAGGAGGAAAAUGCUGAUUCAGAGGACUACAUCAAUAUUCCCCACCAGACUCACCUCCCUGGCUGUUCCCCCAGGCUUGGAUCUUUGUGCCAAUGACUUUCUUCCAUCUGCUGAUUUCCAACAUUUGUUCCAUCUGUUCCCAGCUCCCUCGUCAAUUCCCACUCCCCACCUCAACUCUUCUUCCCAGUCCUAUCUGCCCUGAACAUAGCUCUGUCCCCUCCUCCUCUUGCACAUUUUUGCAGCCCCCUCUGGUUGGCAGGGGACUCUGGGCAAGUCAUCUAACAGACUGAGGGAUCUGGCUCGAGACCACGUGGCAUCAGGCAGGAGUAUAGGCAUUGCUGUUGCUUCAGAAAUCCUUCCAAAGCUUGGGCCUCACACAGGCAGAAGCCCCUGGGGCUGCAUCAUGGGAGGUGCCUCAGUCCCUGCAAGCUAGGAAGGGGCCUGGUAUGAACAUAGCCCUGGAAAUGUCUUUGCCCUGAACUUCCACUUAUCUGGAGUCCUCUGGUAAGGCCCAUUUAUUUUGAUGUGGUAAAGGAUUCUAAAUUUCUAGAACCUAUCUUGUUAGCACUCAAUGUGUUUGGUAUUGCUGUUCCCACAUCAGUUUCCUGGAUAUUGAAAGCAAAGUUGCAUCAAAGUUAGAUAGCCCCAAGAUAAAGAAGCAUACAUAUAUUCCUAAAUCCUUUCCACUCUAAGUUCUCUUUACCCUAAGUCACCUAGUUGAUGCACCCAAGUGCCCUGAUCCCAGCAUAGCUUUUAUCUCCUUGUCCCUCUUCCGUAUCCUGGCCUGAUUUUUGUGCACUUAAUAUCGGUCUACUCUAGCCACCCUUUGUCCAAAAUCAUUACAGCUCUCUGUUUUCUUCUCCUUGCCAGUUUCAGCUAAUUAAUAGCAGGGCAAGGAGAGAAAGCAACCUGGGGUUCCUGGAGGGUCAGGGGCUCUGCAGUAGUGCUUUUGUCAUGAAAGAAGAGACACCCCACCUCCUACAUGUACUCUUUCUCUUUGGAGUUUUUGGAGCAACAUCACAGUCAGCUGCUAUAUCUUUGGAAUUAAGUCAACUUAAUGCCAAAGUUCAGCCAGGGCUUGAGAAUAGAGAAUGCCUAGUCUUUCUAUUAGGCAGGAUGCCUUUCCCAGAUACUGAACUCAGCCUUGCUGGGCAAUGAUCCAGAAAUGAAAGGCAAGGCUGCCAGAAUUGGUUUCUGUUGCUUUUUACUAGCAGGGCCCAUCGUCACAGGUUGGACAGUCUAUCACAUCAGCAAUGUCAGUUUGACACUGGCAACCUCUCAAGUGGCAGAUGAGAGAAGAAUGACUUGGCUAAUUAAAAAAAGUUCACAUAAAGGGGAAGGGAGGUGGUGGGGUGAGGCGUGUAGGUAUGAGCGAAAGGUUUAAUGAGAGUCUGCUUUGUGCUGGGCACCUCAAUGUACUUGUAUCUUCUAUCAUUUACAUCUCUAACCAGUGCCCCUGACCCCCACCCCAGUGCUCUGUCCCUGCAGAUAUUAUAAGACAGUGGGAUCUCCAUGCCCUAAAGUUCAAGUGCAUAUCCCAGCAUCCCUCAUUAUUCCUCAACAAUUCAAAGAAAAGACCAAAAAUCCGGUUUAUUAAAUAUUUACUGAGCACCCACGUAUGGCCCCCCAGCUGUGGCAAGUAUUGUGGGGGAUACAAGAGAAACAUGGGGCACUGUCCCUGCUGUCUUUGCAGAAUGUUCAGUCUCACAAAUAAAUAUAACAUCAGCUAAAACACUGACAGCAAUUAAAUAGAGUUGUAAU